AAAGCGUUUACGUGGCCGCAGCGCAGCAGAGUCACGUUUGAAAGAGUGCGAGUGAGAGAUAGCGACUUAGAGCACCGCGCCGAGUGCGAGUGAGAGAGCGCGCUCCAUCGCCUUUGUGCCUCGUUUCAAAUGCCCGUUUGUCCGUUUUUUUGGCACUGUUGUUCAUUCAUUCACUCGCUUCUGGCGCUCGCGUGCAGUUGCAGUCGCUGCUCCCUCCUAACGGUUGUUUCGCCGUCGCCAGAAUCCCGCUAAAAGGUGCGUGCGUGUUUGUGUGUGCCUCCAACCAACUGAAACUACAGUGCAAUAUACACAAAAUCAAAAAAAAAAAACAAAACAAAAGGAGCGCGAGAAAUGAAAAAGCAAACAAAAUGUAAGCGUGAUGAUAAUUAAAAAUAAAUACAAAGAAGAAAAAACGAAAUUUACGCGUGGCUACAACUCCGAAAGCGAAAACCGCAGCAGGAUCUCAGCGGAUCUGAUCGCACUCAGCUCCUGGCUGUGUCUGUGUGCGAGUCCGUGUGUGUGAGAGUGUGUACGCAGAGCAAGCCAAAUCAAUAAAUAAAAACCAAUUACAAAAGGAAAAAAGCGAAAUAAGAAAGCCACGACGAGGAAACAACCUGUACGACAGACGAGCAGAAGGCAGCAGAAGACAACAGCGAAAUAUUGAUACGAAAAAUAAUAAGAGUUAAAAUCAUUCACGACGGCGACCAUAACGAACUCCGCCCUAGCAAUGAGCCAGCUGGGCACCGUCUACGCCACCAAGCGAAGGCGACGCAACGGCAAGAGCCUGAAGCCGCCGCCCAAGGAUGGCGUCACAAAGAGCAAUCCAUCAAAGCGGCAUCGGGAGCGCCUCAACGCCGAGCUGGAUCUGCUGGCCUCGCUGCUCCCCUUCGAGCAGAACAUCUUGAGCAAACUGGAUCGACUGAGCAUUCUAAGGCUGUCUGUUAGUUAUUUAAGAACCAAAAGUUAUUUUCAAGUUGUUAUGCAUAAGGAUAAGGAGGAUAACGGAGUCCUGCCCCACAUACACGCACAUGACGGCUACAGGACACGAGAACUGGGCGCCUUCGAGCACGGCCUGUUGGAUGGUGAUAUGUUCCUCCAGGCCCUAAAUGGAUUUCUAAUGAUACUGACAUGCGAAGGCGAAGUCUUCUUUGCCACGCACAGCAUCGAGAGCUAUUUGGGUUUUCAUCAGUCGGACAUCGUCCACCAGUCGGUGUACGAACUGGUGCACUCGGAGGACCGCGAGGAGCUGCAGCGCCAGCUGCUGUGGAACAGUUUCCUGCCCGCCGACAUGUCCAGCAUGCAGCUGGCGGAGACCCUGGCGCCGGACAAGGCGCUCUACCUGGAGCGCAGCUUCACCGUCCGCUUUCGCUGCCUGCUGGACAACACGAGCGGCUUCCUGCGCCUGGACAUCCGCGGCCGCAUCAAGGUCCUGCAUGGCCAGAACCGCAAGACGGAGGAGCCUCCGCUGGCACUCUUCGCCUAUUGCACGCCCUUCGGGCCGCCCAGCCUGCUGGAAAUCCCGCACAAGGAGAACAUGUUCAAGUCCAAGCACAAGCUGGACUUCUCCCUGGUAUCAAUGGACCAGCGCGGCAAGCACAUCCUGGGCUACGCAGACGCCGAGUUGGUCAACAUGGGCGGCUACGAUCUGGUGCACUACGAUGACCUCGCCUAUGUGGCCAGCGCCCAUCAGGAGCUCCUGAAGACGGGUGCCUCUGGCAUGAUCGCCUACCGCUACCAAAAGAAGGAUGGCGAGUGGCAGUGGCUGCAGACGAGCUCGCGCCUGGUGUACAAGAACUCCAAGCCGGACUUUGUGAUCUGUACGCACCGCCAGCUGAUGGACGAGGAAGGUCACGAUCUGCUGGGCAAGCGCACCAUGGACUUCAAGGUUAGCUACCUGGACACGGGACUGGCGUCCACCUACUUCUCCGAGGCUGACCAGCUGGUAGUGCCACCCAGCACCUCCCCCACGGCCCACGCCCUUCCGCCGCCGGUGACGCCAACGCGUCCAAAUCGUCGCUACAAGACGCAGUUGCGCGACUUCCUCUCCACUUGUCGCAGCAAACGCAAGCUGCAGCAGCAGCAGAACCAACCGCAGACGCAGCAAACCUCACCACUUGGUGGUCAGGUGGGGUCCCCUGCUCCGGCUGUAGCCGUGGAGUACUUGCCCGAUCCGGCAGCUGCGGUGGCCGCGGCCUACUCCAACCUAAAUCCAAUGUACACAACCUCGCCGUAUGCCAGUGCCGCAGACAAUCUCUACAUGGGCAGCUCCAUGCCGGCCAACGCCUUCUACCCAGUCAGCGAGAACCUCUUCCAUCAGUACCGGCUGCAGGGCGCCGUCGGUGGCUACUACACGGAUUAUCCGCACUCCGGCGCUCCAGCCUCAGCUUACGUAGCUAACGGAUUUCUUUCUUACGACGGAUACGCCAUUGCCUCCAAAGCGGACGAAAAGUGGCAAGAGACUGGGAAGUACUACAGUGGCUACAGCAGCGGCUAUGGAAGUCCAACAUCUACGCCACAGGUACGAAAACAAAUUCCUCUAAAGACGCCGAAAUCUUCACCCCAGGUGAUGGAGGUGAUAUCUUGCUCCUCGGACGGGCCAUCACCUGUGGGCGGAGCCACGCCCAACGGAGUCGGAAGCGUUACGCCCAAAGUUGAGUUGGCCGGAACAACGCCGGCAGCAGCAGCGGGACAAGAUCCCUACGAGCGUCAAACAGUGCUGAUGUGGGGCACCACGCACUCGAGUGGGGUACCGCUAAAUAGUCUUCAUGGCGGACGAAGUGGAGCCGGGAACCCUGCCUCACCACAGCGAUCCACUCCUCUGGCCAACGGAUUGGGAUACGCAAGCGCCAAUAAUAACAACAACGAUCUUGAACCUGCAACGGCUGCCAAGUGGAACGGAACAAAGGAGCUGCCGGGCAAGUCGGGAAGUGCCAGUACGCCGGAGAGCUACCAGAUGCAGCAUGAUGACUCCGGCCUAUACUCCGCCUCUUCGCACACAACCUCUCCGCAGCAGCAGCAACAGCAGCAGCUCCAGCAAUCGCAGCGAGGAGUUGGUUCCAAUGUUAGCGCUCCCAGCAGCUCACUCACUAGCACGGGCACAGAUCAGCAGGCGGUGCACCCAUCCAGUUGCCACCAACAACAGCAGCAGCAGCAGCAACAACACCAUCACGCCCACCCGCAUCCGCACUCGCAUCAUCACCACCAUCAUCACCAUCACCAUGAGACGGCGCAUCAGCACAGCAGCGAGAUCAUUCUCACCACCCAUCAUCAGCAACAGUCGCAGCAGCAGCAGCAAUCGCUCGCUGGCUACCCGCUGCACCACCAGCUGGUGGGAGUUGGAUCAGGAUCACCGCCGCCGCCGCCGCCAGUCGCAUUGUCCCGAUCGCCCACGGCCUUGCCGGCGGUCAGCAGCCUGCUAAAUGGAUCGGCUUCAGCAGGAGGAGCAUCGGAUAUUCCAUACCAGCAAUUGGCCAUUGUGUCCGCUCCUCUGGUGAUUUGCGCCGAGGAGGUGGGUGGAGGCGUCAGCGGCAUUGGUCGCAAGUCAUCCAAGCAGCAACAGUCCCUGCAACACCUGCAGCAGCAACAGUCGCUGCAACAGCAGCAACAUGCAAUUUACCAGCAGCAACAUCACCACUCGCAGCAUCAUCCGCAUCAUCAGCUGCUCUAUCCGGCGAACAUUACGGCGCACACCGCGCUGGCUUAUGCCCCGCCCACGGCCGGAGGCGCAUAUGCCGACGGCAGUCCGCUUCUCUCCUUCUCGGAGGUGACCAACACGCUACUGAACCAGUGAAUGUGCAGAGAGGAGGAGAAGAAGGGAACCGUUCAACAGUUUUGCCAAAAUGUGGACUAUGACUAUCUUAUCUUCCAUAAUCUGAACCAGCAACGAAUGGAUAUAGCAAGCGCACGCCAUUCGUCCACCCACUCCUUGGUUGAUUCUCAGAAAACUGCAGCAGCCGCAGCAGAAAUAAUUUCUAUUUAUUUUACUGUGAUAAUUUAUAGAUACAUUGUAUUGUAUGUGAAACUAGGUUUGCCCAUCAACAAAUCCAAAACAGCCGUAAUAGCCGUAUCCAAUCUUCCAGGGAAUCGGGUAUGGGUACUGCAACCUUAACCAGCACAAAGUUACGAAGCCAAUCCCCGUUGAUCCCAAGCAAUCAUGGGUAGAUGGCGGUUAGCAUCGACAUUCAAUUUCAGUUGUAGUUACAACCAAAGAUUUCUCUAACUUAUACUUAUCGUUUUAGCAUAAUACGAUCCAUCCAAUUGGCUUCGGUUUGUAGCGCCAAACUUUAGUUACAUUUUAGUUACACUCGUGAUCGGAGUGAGAAAUAAAUGCCUAAACAGUUGCGAUUAAGAGUGCUUAAGUAGCAUUUAAGUGAAUAACAGAUGCUUGUAUCCAUAUUUAAUUGAACUUUAGACGUAACGAGUAAUGCAAGAUAAAGUAAUUUUCAUGAUUCCUAUCGUUUAGCAAGUAACUAAAUUAAUCCGUAAGCGGAUAUACCCGCAUACAUAUAUUGUAUUGUAUGUUUAAAGUUUUCUUGAAAUUUCUAGUCGCCCGCAUAAAAACAUUUACUUAUAAACUAAAAAAAUAUCAUGAGAUACCCUUUGAUGGUAUAAAUAUUUUGCAAUUCGGCAGGCAUUACUGUAGGUAGUCUGUACUACCGACUAUUGGUAACCAGCAAUGUAUGAGCUAUCCAACAUUACAGCUUAAGCAUUGAUGAUUGAUUAUGUAUUCGAAAAAAUAUAUAUUUAAAUUGUAGAUAAUCUGUCAGCUAAUAAACGAAACAUUUAAUAAAAUCUCAAUUAUAAAUUUAUAAAAGAAUCCCGAGUGCACGUAAAGCGCGCCUAUCCAAAACAAUCAGAUCGAAAUAAAUCUAGAAAAUAAUCGAAUUA